CCCCCCUCCCCUCUCCCUCUCCCUCCGGCAAUAGCCAGCCGGCUCGGGUGAGGUAGGGCUCUCGAUUUCGCACUUCCCUCUCGGUCCUUCUCUUCUUCCUCCCCCUCUCCGCUCUUCCUGCCCCCCCCCCCCUCCUGCCCUCUCUCUUGCCAUGGGAAAUACCAUCAGCAAGGGGUCCGGCGGCGCGGCGGCCGACGCCGGGGCCCCCGGCGCCUCCUCCGGGGGCACGGUCCCCUCUUCCCCCCCCCGGAGCCGAUCCUCCAGCCAGGCCAAGCGCGGCAAGGGUCUCGGUGGCCGUCGCCGGAAUCGGCGUAGCGCCGCAUCCGGCGGCGCGGCCGAUCCCACCUCCGGCAGCUCCAUGCCCCCGAAGCACCGGAACCCCGAUGGACGUGGUGCUCCACCGGGCUUUGUCCCGUCGAAGGACGCCGAAGCCGCGGCUCCCCCACAGCGCCCGGAAACCGACGAGGAGCUUGACCGCCUCUUCGAGGCGAUGAUGGUCGACCGCGGCAUGGAUGCUCGGACCCUGGAGCAACUCCGCGCCUUGCCGGCCUCCAGCAAGUGGCCCAUGCUGUCGCACGACUUGCGUGUGCAAUCCGAGCGCUCGCACGAAAUUAAGUUCGUGGUGAAUGCCCUCAGCUCGCGGCCCUCCUCGGAUCUGCUCCAGUGGAUGGUUGUCUCGCUGCGAGCACAGCCGAUCAGUUGGAUCCGGGAGUUUGACGAUCUUGGCGGCAUCUCCGAGCUGCUGAUCUACCUCCGCGAUGAGGCCCGCGCCCUGAAUCACGAUGAGCUGGCCCUGCGCGGCUUGAAGUCCCUCAUGAACAAUGCCCUUGGCUUUGCGCGGGUGGCCGACUCCGAAGACGCCGUGGUCAUCCUGGCCAAUGAACUCCGGUACUACCAUGCCGCGGCGCCGGUGGCCGUGUCCUCGCGCGGGCGCCUUCCCGCCAGCCCCGGGGACCCGGGCGAUCUGGCCGUGGCCACGGCCGGCGGCAGCAGCACCGAUCAGAUGCCCGCCCUCGCGGGCCGGUCCGCCCUGCGUGGCAGCCAGACGGUGUCCAUGGCCCUGGAAAUCCUGGGAGCCCUGUGCAUGUCGCCCAGCCGGCAUCCGCGCGUGCUGGACGCCCUGUACGGCCUGUCGGCACGCAUGUGUGUCAUGACCGGGCCCCGGCGUGGCCGGCUCGGCCCGCUGGUGCAAAUCCUGUCCUUCGCCGUGUCCGAGCGCCUGCCCCUGCUGGCGGCCUCGGUCCUGUCCCUGAUCAAUGCCCUGAUCACCUUCGGCCCGUGCCGCGAUUCGCUGCUCAUCCGUGUGGAGCUCCGAGCCGAGCUGUGCGAUGCCGGUGUUUUGGACAUGGUUCGCCUGUUGAAUGGGGACUUCCUGCCGGAGGGAUCGCGCCCGCGCAUGAGCUCCGAUUUGUUGGCCCUCGGUCCGGCCGGGGCCGGUGGCGUGGAUCAAGUCCCGGUGGCCGGGUCUCUGACCGACACGUCGGCCGAAUCGCCGGAGUUCCUGGCCCGCAUGGCCGAGGCCCUGGAUGCGGAGUCCUUCCGCCGGGUCAGUACCCCCAUCGUCCGGCGCCAGUGUCAGAUUUUCCUCCGGCGCCUGGCCCUCGAUGAGCACCAGCUGGCCAUGGAGCUGGAUGAGACCAUUCGACCCACCGCCCUGCCUGUCGGCGAUGAGGGCGAGGAGGAGCCUGACGCCGAUGAUCGGCCGGAUGCCCCGAUCGAUGAGGCAUCCGGCAUGGCGACGGCUUCGCUGCUGGCGGCCGGCCCGGGCACGGAGAAUCGCGGUGGCGAGACGGCCGAGGCCGGCGAGGCGGCGGCUCCGCACCUUGGCGACGCGCACACCGCCCUCCGGGAGGUCCCGGACUGGCCGGAGGCCGAUGAGUCCAGCGGUUUCUUCCCCGCCUCGGUCAAUCUCUCGGACACGCGUUCCAUGUUUGAGGUCCUCGAUCGGGCGGUGCAGUUUACCCCCUCUUCGGGCGAGUGCUGGGUGGCCUUCUUCCGACGGCUGGUGUCCAUGCCGGGUGGCAUUGUCCGGCGGCCGCACUACAUCCGCCUGGUGUUGCAGCUGGCCGAGUAUGUGAUUGUCCCGCGUGACCCGCAAUCGGGCGAUCCACUGCCGGAGGCCACGGCCGCAUUGAUGCCGCACGACUUCACGCCCUCGGCCAUUGCCGGUGCCUUGUCGGCCAAUGGCAUCCAGGCCCUGGUCCAGCGGUGGGCUCGUCUGGCCAGCCAAGGUGUCGAGGGCCUGGAGGAGAAGCCGGCGGCCACUCCGUCGGACGCCGCCGGGGCCGCUGCCGCCGACCCGGAGGCCCAGCUGAAGCUGCGCGCUUCGCAGCUGGAGAUCGACAAGAUUGCGGCCUUUGUGCGCGAGCGCCUGGGCGCCGAAAACCAGGACAUCGAGCAGCUUCUGAAGGAGUUUUCCGAGAAGGCCCUGGCUGAGGCAAAGGCCGAGUUGGAAAAGGCCGCUGCUUCGGACGGCGGUCCGCCACCGGCGCCGCCGAUGCCCGGGACCUUCCCCACGGGCGCGCCGCCGCCGCCCCCUCCGCCACUGCCGGAAUUUGCUGGUGGCGCGCCGCCGCCCCCGCCGCCGCCACUGCCUGGCGGUGGUCCGCCACCGCCUCCGCCUCCGCCCCUGCCUGGGUUUGCCGGGGGGCCGCCGCCGCCGCCGCCGCCUCCCCUGCCGGGUGGUGGGGGUGGCCCGCCGCCGCCGCCUCCUCCCCCGGGGAUGCCCGGUGCCGGGGCGGCCGCUCGUUCGGCCCGUCCAAACAAGCCGGCCAAGCUGUCGCAAAAGCCCCUGAAGGCCUUCAACUGGACCAAAAUCCCGAACCACGCCAUCGACAAGACCCUCUGGUCGCACUUGUCCGAUCAGGGCCCGUUGCGCGUUCUCCGGCCCCAAUACGACGAGAUGGAGAACCUCUUCUCGGUGUAUGUGAAGCCGGUGUCCGAGUCGGCCGAUGGUGCCGCCGGCGGCGCCUCAGCCGAGGAGAAGCCCCGCGAGAUCUGUGUCAUCGAUGGCCGUCGGUCGCAAAACUGCCUGAUUUUGCUCAAGAACUCCAAGCUCCCACGUGCCGAGCUCCUGUCCAAGAUCACCCUCUUGGAUGCCGGGUUCAUCGAGUCGGACAUUUCGGAGCAGCUGCUGAAGUUUGUCCCGACCGACGAGGAGAUCACCCUCAUCCGUGAGCACAUCGACAACUUCGAUCAGCUGGGCGAUUGCGAGAAAUUCUUCUGGGAGGUGAGCAAGAUCCAGCGCUUCCAGGGGCGCUUGGAGAGCAUCAGCUUCCGGCGGACGUUCGCCGAGAAGAGCAGCGAGUGCGCCCGCGACAUUGCUCGCAUCAAUGGCGGCUCUUCGGCCCUUUCCUCGGCGGUCAUGUUCCGCCAGGUCCUGGAGCUCAUUCUAGCCGUGGGGAAUUAUCUGAACACCGGUUUCCGUGGCGGUGCCUAUGGCUUCAAGAUUGAUGCGCUGCUCAAGCUCUCCGACACGCGCAGUUCGCACGCGGACUUUGAUCGACACACGCUCCUGCACUUCCUGGUGGAGGUGGUGGAGACACGCUAUCCUGCCCUGAUGGCCUUUGUGGAGGAGCUCGAGCCGGCGGCCGAGGCGGUGCGCGUCUCGCUGCCAACCCUGCAGGCCGAGAUGACCUUCCUCCGGCGUGGUGUCAACCAACUGGAGGCCGAGCUGGAGGCCUUCGACAAGAUGGCCUCCUCGGCGGCCGGCGGGCCCGAUGCCGCCCCGGCCGAUGUGCGUCGGUUCCUGGAGGUCAUGCGUCCCUUCUACGAUGAAAGCUCCAAGGCCCUGGCCAAGAUGGAGAAGGCCUUUGACCAGGCGCGGAACCUGCUCACCGAGCAGGCCACCCUCUUCGGGGAGGAUCCCAAUUCCGUCACCCCGGAGGAGUUCUUCAGUGUCUUCUGGCGCUUUGGCGUUCAGUGGACCGAGGCACGCAACGACCUGGCCGAGUGGCGCCUUGCCCUGGAGCGCAAGCGCAAGCCCGAGGAGAAGGCCGCCGGCCUGCCGAAGGACUUCAACCCGAAGGACAUGGCUCGGGCUCUGGCCCGGGAGAUCAAGAAGGCCGAGCCGCCUUCCGGCGAUGUCCAGGGAGAUGGCCAACUAGAUGCCCUGAUCAAUUCCCUGCGCACUGGCGAUGUUUUCGACGAUUCCUUUGCGACUCCAUUGAAUACGGCCCCGGCGGCCAAGAGCCGCCGCCGGGGUCCACCUCCCCGGCCAUCGAAGCCCCCUCCGGACGACAUCCUGCCGCCGCCGCCGCGGCGCCUGGUCGCCGGAGAGGCCGGGGCUGCCGCUGCCUCUGCUGCGCCUGUUGCCGCCCGGGCACCGCCCGCCCGACUUGUCCUUGCCGAUGACGGGAUGCACUCCGACAUUUGAGGGCGACUCUGCCGGAAUGCGUGAGCAAGGGGCGGAGGCGCGGGGGGGGGGGGGGGGGGGGGGGG